AUGGCUGGCUUCCCUCUGGGGAUGGAGAUAGCUGAUGCCGGAGGAGGAUCCGGCAACAACAACAACAAUAACAGGCAACAGCAUUUCCGAUCAUCGCAUCGUAUCGGUAUCGUCUCGCUGUUGCUGCUGCUGCUGAUCGCUGACGCGUCGAGCGGCGGCGGCGUCGGGGGUGGUACAAGCGGCGCGGGCGGUAGCGGUAGCGGUAGCGGUGGCAGCGGCAGCAGCGGUGGUGGUGUCAGCAUCAUCGGCAGCGGCAUUGGUGGUGGCACUUGUGGGUUAGCCGAGUUGACGUGCCGAGACGGCCACUGUGUCCCGAUUGACGCUUACUGCAACGGCGAGGAUGACUGCGGUGAUGGCAGCGAUGAGCCGACGAUGUGCACACCGUGCAAUCGCACGUACCACGGCCGCGAGGGCCACACGUACAAGUUGGACCUGCCCAGGCCAGCCGAGGAACGUCUGCCGUUCCUCUGUCAUCUGACGUUCACCGCGGCCGGCCAGGGCUACGGUGAACUGGUCCAACUGCUGUGGGACGCGUUCAGCGUUGGUCGUGUCGACGCGAACGCUGAUAACUACUUCACCAGCUGCCCCGAGGGUUCACUUCAGCUCGCUGAACUCGGUAGACACUUCACUGGCGGCUCGUGGUGCGGCGUCAGCGAGGGUCGUGCGUCCUACUACAGUGAAACCAGUACUGUCACUGCCUCUAUACGGCUGUUCCACGCACCGUCCGCGGUGCCUUUUGAGUUUCGUCUCCGUUACCGCUUCGUCGCGCGUAAUGAAGCGGUCGCCCGACUGGGCAAACCAGAACUGCCAAUCGAGCGGGGUUCCCCGGUACCGGGCACUUACUGCUCCCGUAACUUCUACGAGUGUCACCUGAAGCAAUGUCGGCUGCAGAGUCCAAACUAUCCUGGCGAGUAUCCACGCAACGCGAGUUGCCUGAUCACCGUGCGCCAGAAGGAGGUACCUACAUGCAAGCAUGCCAUGAUAUCCGUCAAGAGCACGCCUACCGGUCCAGUUGGUCUCAGUGCCACUGUUAACACCAGCCUCAGUGUCUGGCAGGACUGUUCGCCGGAUCGGGACCGUCUAAUCUUCCGCGACGGUGCACGCACGGAAGACCCGGUCCUCUUGGUGUAUUGCGGCGGUCCACUGCCACAGGUGACCGCACGUGGACCCGCCAUGCAGGUGGAGUUCCGCAGCUCGCCGGUCGCGAUACCACUGGGCGCGUCGUCCCUGCGUCUCGAGCUCGAGCUACGUGUGAUCUACGUCGACUCGGACGGUCUGGAUUAUGCCAAGGGUCCGCAAGGCUGCCACUUCUUCGUAAAUGGCACCGGCGUCGGCAGUAAACGUAGCGGUACGAUCCGCGCACCUUUGCACGCGUUACCUCCCGGCUCCAGCUGCACGUGGAACAUCAAGGGUGCCAUCGGCGACCGUGUGUGGAUAUACUUCUCGUCGUAUUCUCAGCGUGAUCUCACUGGUAAUGGCGAAAACAACAACGCCAGCGUCGGACAGUUGACCCCGGACAUCUCCGCGGCGUCGGUGUGCGCGGUUAAACUCAUCUUCUGGGAUGGCGCGCCGAAUACGGGUCAGCCGAUGGCCACACUGUGCGAUGACACGCCCAAAUUGUGCGCUCAUGCGGCUCUUCGUAAUGUCACCAGGAGCACCAGGCCGUGCACCGAGGAGGAGAGCUAUCUAACGACCGCUCCGAGUCUAACGCUGCGCAUGGAAACUGUUCUGGGUACCGCUCUUCAUCCGAUUAACUUCCACGCACGAUACGAAUUCGUUUCCACCGUUCAGACCGGCGAGCCUUGGGGCGAUGGGAUCUGCAGUCGAAUAUGGCGCAAAGUGCACGUCGGCGAGGUAAUGUCGCCGCGUGACGUACGUCUAUUCGGCCGGGGUGGUGCCAGCAAGUUGGAUUGCAGGUAUCGUGUGGAAGCUGGGAGUGGAGAGCGAGUUCGUUUGACGCUGCACAACGUUAGUCUGGGCGAGUCCACCAUGUGCACAAGCGAUUCAGACCCACACACUGGUAAACCACGCUGCGUUCAGGAAGUGGGAUCCAGGGAAGCGCGUCUGGUCAUUUACGAAGCGCCAUGGCGGGAUGUGAAGCUACCCCGAGCGUGUCUAUGCGACAAUACGUCACACUUGCCACUUACAUACAUCACCUCCGGUCGUGCGCUAGAGAUAACUUUCUUGGUGGAUCAGCAAGCGCCCCACGAAGAUUUUGAAACACUCUUUUUCUACGCCAGCUUUGAGCUCAUCCGUGUGCCAGAAUGUCCACGGAAGCAACGUAUCCGCGGCGAGGGUGGUGAACUGAGAUUCGUCAAUCCUCCGCUGUCGAGACCAGAUAUCUAUUGCGAAGGUCUUCCGUGGUUGGUGGAGGCGCACGAGAACAGGUCACUCUUCGUCCUGACCUGGGGCUGGUUUCUGCCGUUGGAACCACCGCCACUCGCCGGUCCCGAGAUAUCUGGUGGUGUUAGCGGUACCAGCAGUGGCGUCAGCGGCGAUCAGGUCAAGUGCCCGACCACCAAUCGCAUCCUUCUCUAUUCUGGUUGGCCGCCGAAGUUGCUGAAGGUGGUGUGCCCAGCGGAACCGGGCGCCCGCGAAUUCACCGUGCACGUAUUCUCACAGGAAUGGUUAGGCCCGACAGAGGAGGGUAAGUGGCCGGGUCCACCCAGGCCACCCGCAUUGUUGUUGGACUUCGUGGCGCGGGAAUCCGGUCAGGCGGCCGCCUCCUGGCUGGAGAUCUCCAAGAGUCGCGCGGCGCUACGCCGGCAGCUGCGUCUCCCGGAGAGAAUCGCCGGCGGAGUGAUUGAGAACGAAACGAACGGCAUGCCGUCGUACAUCGGCGACUGCCCGCACAAAUGCCCCGAACUGGGUGCGUGCAUCGCCGCCAGUCUCUGGUGCGACGGCCACGCGCACUGCCCAUCCGGUCACGACGAGGCCAACUGCGGGAACGGCGCGCGGUUGCUCGGACUGCUCCCGCCUACCAUAUGGCUUGUCGUCACCGGCGUCGGUGGAAUUGUCACUGCCUUCGCGUGCCUAUUCACUAUUCUUAUUAGCAGAUCCAAAACUCGCACAAAGAGACUUCACUACAAGGGGCCGAAGAGCAAGAAGCCGCGACGUGCACCAACCGAGGAGACGCUUCUGGGAGCGGCAUCCUGACAACAGCCGCCCGGUUUCGUGGAAUACAUUCACGUGGACCGGGAAACGACUGUCUAGCGAUGCUAAUUCUGUGCUUCACCGUCCAAUGACUAAUUCUAUUCAAUAAAUCCUCCCCCAUA